GGGGUGGGAGGGAGGAGAGGUGCAGAGUUGUUACAGGGGAAGAGCGUAUACGAAGAGAUAGCUUCAAAGAGGAUGCUCUAGUCCCUUGCAGGGACAGGCGUCAUCGCCUGGCGAAGGCAGCAACUGCGGAUCCCGGCGGCGAGGGACCUUCCCCAGAGGCGAGGCAGGCGGCCUCAGUACCGAAGCCAAAGGAGGAGUCCGCAGCAUCCCGAGGGCCUUUGAGCGCCCGCCCAGCAGCACUCCAUCCCCCGGGCAGGCCGAGACAUGCGAGGGGCAGUCGAGAUGUUGGGCGAGUGCCAACUGGAGCCGAGCCUGGUCCAGUGCUACAGGGACCUGGCGAGAGUUGGAGAGGUGCUGGGAAAGAUCUUGUCCGAGGAACAAAAGAGAUCGUUCCUGCAGCGGACCAUUCUGGCAAUUCAGCAUGGGCGGAUGCACAUCAAGAGAGCUGCGCUGGUUUUCCUCUACGCCAUCCUGGGGGAAACCAGCCUCCUGAUCGGGGACAAGGUCGGCAGCCACCUUGGAUACAGGGGACUGAGAAAGGGCCCCUCGCCUCUGUGCCACGGCUUGUCUCUCUCCCGCAUUGCAAGGAGCAGAGAGAGGUCAUUAGCCAUGGCAGUGUGAGCUUUAGCACAAGCCAAGGUUGAUUUGCACCAUAUAGAUGAACUGAAUCUGUGAGAUAUGUAUAUAAAGCCCAAGAUAACAGUGACCCGCAGGUCACGUCAGCAGAGGCUGAAGCCUGCACCUGUCUAUAAGUUGCAGCUCUCCCCUGACUUGUGAGGACACUGGCCCCCAGGCUAACGGGAAGCGUGCCAAGUGCCUCCACACACAAUCUCUCCACACACACGCUUACCAAAACUGAAAAAUCUGUCCUUUCUUAAGGCCUAAAUUUUUGUCCAGAAAAAUACCCUAAUAAAAUACUUCAAUGUGGAGAGCUAGAAGAAUUCUUCCGACGCCUGCGCCUCAAAGAAUAUUUCCACAACCGAACUGAACCCACUCCCUACAGCAACUCAUCCUCUGACAACAUUCAGGAAAGGAUCAAUGCCAAAAAGCCCCAAAAAACAUCAGAUUGGACACCUCGCAGUGGACGAAACCCUAACCUUGACCGCUACAUUGACUGCUUCAGGGAAAGAAUGAACAAUGAAAUAAUCAGCAACGCGCCACCACAACAGCCUCUUUCCACCAGAGAAAAAGGCCACAGAAUCUCUAAGAUCCGACCACCAAACAGUAAUAAAACCAGCAGAUAAAGGAGGAGCCAUAGUCAUCCUAAACCGUGAGGAUUACAUAAAGGAAGCCAAGAGACACCACCUACUACAAAGAACUACAACAAGUUCCUACUCCCCUUUUCACCAAAAAACUCAACAAUACCAUCAAAUCAUUUCCAUCAAGACUACAAGAAAAACUACAGACCUUGAUCCCCCCGCUACCUAACCCGGGGACUUUUUACAUGCUCCCUAAAAUCCACAAACAAGGGAACCCUGGCAGACCUAUCAUAUCCAACCAUGGGACCCCAACUGAGGAAAUAUCAGGUUUCGUUGAAUCAAUCCUAAAACCGCUUGUCACCCACAGAGCAAGUUUUGUCCAAGACGCUAUAGACUUUCUACGGAAACUUAAAAACAUAGACCACCUUCCCAGCAACACCCUCCUAGCCACCAUGGAUGUUACCAGCCUAUACACCAACAUCCCACACCAGGAUGGCAUCCAAACCUGCCGUACAUAUCUACAGGAACAAGAUUACAGCUCAGAAUACAGACCCAAAGAUAUCACUGAGCUUAUACACUUCAUCCUCACACACAACAAUUUCACUUCUGAUAAUCAACACUUCCUCCAGAGGAUGGGAACAGCUAUGGGCACUAAAAUGGCCCCACAGUAUGCCAACCUUUUUAUGAGCCACCUGGAAGAAGACUUCCUCAAGAACUGCACCAUCAAACCCUUGCUAUACUUAAGAUACAUCAAUGACAUCUUCAUCAUUUGGACUGAAAACCUGCAAUCUCUGAUUGAGUUCCACCAGAAAUUCAGCAAUCCCCAUCUCUCCAUCCGACUUUCCCUAGAAUACUCCAGCACCAGCAUCUCCUUUUUAGACACGAUGAUCAGUAUCCAGAAGGGUAAAAUACAGACCACAGUAUACAAGAAACCCACAGACCAACAUACAUAUCUGCACAGAACCAGCAAUCACCCGAAACACACCAAAAAAUCUGUGAUAUACAGCCAGGCCCUCAGAUCCCACCGCAUCUGUACUGAAGAGCACACCCGGGAUCGCCACCUCACCAAUCUUAAAAUGGCUUUCACCCAGCAAGGACACUCCUCCAGAGAGAGAGAUCGCACAUUUGAAAGAGCCACCCGGAUACCACGUGAAGAACUGCUGCAGUACAGAAGAAAACCCCCACAAAUCGCACACCGCUGGUUAUGACAUAUCACCCCUCCCUCGAACCCGUACGGAAAAUCCUCAAAAAAUUGCAACCCGUACUAGAAAGAGACCCAAUUCUUAAAGAGCUCUUCCCAGAGCCACCCAUCCUAGCCUUUAAACAAGCACCGAACCUCGCCAACCUCAUCACCAGAAGCAAACUUCCUCAAGCCCAGACCACACCAAAAGGAUCCAGACCGUGCCAGGACAAGAAAUGCAAAACCUGCCAACACAUCUCCACCACCCCCACUAUUACUACACCCCACAACAGAGCCAUCAGCACCCCAGGAUCUUACAGCUGCACCUCCAGAAAUGUGAUAUAUCUCAUCCAAUGCACCAAAUGCCCUGAUGGAAAAUACGUGGGGAGACCAAACAACAACUGCGCACCAGAACGAACGCACACCGGACAUCUAUCAAAGACAGAAAUCCCAGAUUAUAAUGCAUCAAAAAUCCAAUGUCUAUGUUUAGUCCAUGAUCUCUAGUAUCCAGGAGGUUGGUGAAAUGGAGCUCAUAGGCUCGUCUCUGGGAAGUGGUGUGUACGUUUCCUUUGAGGAUCAGGACUGCGAGAUUGGAGAGAGAGUCGCUCUCCUGUGAGAAAUGUGCCCCCACCGGUAAUUGCGGAUUUCUGUCUUCGUGUCAUCCCAAAUGGGCCUAGCCUCUCGCUGAACCAACACAGGAAGAGGCGUACAAACAAGGGAAGCUCGGGCAGGCCCCAAGGAGGACUAUACAAGGAUGGCCGCAUUUGCAGGGAACAGACAGGAAAGGCUAAAGUGGCGACCAAACUUAGAUUAGCAACAGAAAUCAAGGACAACCAGAAGUCCUUCUUUAGGUACGUGGGGAACAGGAGGAAAAUAAAUGGGAGUGUGGGGCCAUUGCUCAACAACACAGGAGAGCUGGUUACCAGCACCCAGGAACAAGCUGAACUCCUGAAUGACUACUUCGCCUCGGUCUUUCACUGGACCAAGGGGAAAACAGCGCCAGGUGGAGUACAGGAUGAGCACGGCAGGAAUAACUGCCUUCCUACUAUUGCCGUAGAAUUGGCGUGUGAUCAACUAAAAAUAUUAGACAUGGACAGGUCAGUGGGACCAGGUGAUCUUCAUCCAAGAGUGCUGAAGGAGCUGGCCGAAGUCAUUGAGGAACCCUUGGUGAAACUCUUCCACAACUCGUGACGCUCUGGAGAAGUCCCUGAGGACUGG